GACCGAGGCCUCGCCGGCGUCUCUAUCGAGUUUAAAAUACCGACAUUGCGCUUGCGGGUAACGUAAAGUGUAGAAAUGCAGCGGAUAUCGUGAUCUAUUAUUAUGCGAUUAUUCGCCGAAAGGAAAAAUGGUAAAUUUUCCGGAACUACUGGGAGCGGGUAUUUUUUUCGUCAUGGAUUGACGGCCCUGAUCGUCAGAGCAAAGUGGUUGGUAGCAGCACUCCGCGAGCGACCGAGGGGAGUGGGAAAUGGGCAGGGGACAACAGCAGUUUGUGGCAGUUUGUGGUGUUUGUCCGCGGUGUCGCUGAACCAGUGAUAUAAGCUAGAGCAACGAUAUUCUCGUUCUCGCAUAAGGCGAAAGAGGUCAACAAAGACCCUUCUCGUUCUCGGUGUGAUCACUUCUCUUUACUAUUUCCGAGGAUAUUCGGAACUGACGACCGUUUUCAUGUCUCGGUGCGAGUACGGCUACCUACCGAAACUGCCUAUGAAGAUUGUAGAACGUUAGAAAAUGCUGGGAGACGAUCCACCGUAUCUGUCGGUUGGUACGGAGGUAAGCGCUAAGUACAAGGGUGCGUUUUGCGAGGCUAAAAUCAGGAAGGUUGUGCGGUCGGUGAAAUGCCGUGUAACGUAUAAGCAGGGCUUGGGAACAGCGACAGUCACCGAUGAUCAGAUAAAAGGCACGCUCAGGGUAGGGGGGCUGGUCGAAGCCAAGCACAAUGACAGAAAGGAAUUCGUCGAUGCUACCGUCAACAAAAUACAAGACUGUAGUCAGUACACUGUCGUUUUUGACGACGGAGACAUAACGACUCUCAGACGAACUGCUUUGUGCCUGAAAAGUGGCAGACACUUUGCAGAGAGUGAAACUUUGGAUCAGCUGCCUCUCACUCAUCCCGAACACUUUGGUAAUCCUGUUAUUGGCGGUAGGAGGGGGCGGAGAUCCAGGCAAGCUCAGGAUGAGAGCAGCGACGAUGAGGAAAGCCCACCGCGAGGUGUCAGAGAAUCGGGUUCCGGAGGUGUGGGAAAAGAACAAGUCGAAACAGAACCAGAGAUUGGUAGAGUCGUGUGCGUAGAGCUUGGAGACAAGAAGAAAAAGGACAAUUGGUUCCCAGGGUUGGUAGUUGCUCCAACUGCCCAGGAUACAGUCAGGAUACGUGUCCGAGAUGACUAUCUAGUUCGUUCAUUUAAGGAUGCCAGAUACUACACCGUUCCAAAGAAGGAAGCAACAGAGUUCACCAAAGAAUUGGUUAACAAGGUGGAGAACAAUGCGCUCAAAAUUGCCGUUGAAAAGGCAUUGUUAUUUCUCGACAAAAAUGAACUUCCACCUCACUGGGACAGGGAUUCUUUAUUUGGCAAUGCAGACUCUAGCGGGAACAGCGAUAGUGACGCAGAACUGGAUUCCGAUAGUUCCGAUGACGAGCCAAGGGAGGAAAAGGACCACUUUGUUGCACAGCUUUACAAGUUUAUGGACGAUCGAGGAACUCCGAUAAACAAUUGUCCUAUGAUAGGGACACAGGAUAUAGACUUGUACAGACUAUUCAGAGCCGUUUACAAACUGGGUGGUUACAAUCGUGUCACAAAUCAGAAUCAAUGGAAGUCCAUUACUCGUCGACUCGGUUUUCCCAUUCAGAGUACGUCGUCAACUCAGAACGCCGUGAAACAGCAGUACAAAAAAUUCCUUCAUUCUUUUGAAGAUUUUUAUAGGAAGCUUGGUUGCACAAUGGUAAAUCACCCGAGGGGCAGUACCAGGAAACAGAGACCCGGCAGGAGUCUGAUCAGAGAUAGAGACAGGAAUACGCCUGUCCCGCCACAGAUGCCCUCAACAAAGAUUGAGAAGGAGGAGGAAGAAAAAGAGAAAGACAAAGACAGGGAAAAGGAGAAGGAGAAAGAAAAGGACAAGGAAAAAGAAAAGGAGAAAGAGAAGGAGAAGGAGAAGGAGAAGGAGAAGGAGAAGGAAAAGGAGAAAGAGAAAAGAAUCGAAGAGGAGGAAAAACGGGAGAAAAAGGAGGUGAAGAAGGAGCCGAUGAAGGAGGAGGAGAUUGUGAAGAUUAAGAAGAAGGAGGAAUUCGAGGAGAGCGGGAGCGGACAAGACAGCGAUGUGAACAUCGACGGGGAGGAGGAAUCGUCGUCUAGCGAAAAAUCACAGAAAAUCGUUGCCACAUUGGUGCCAAAGGCAAAGCCGCCAGCAAAGCUCAAAGAUGAAAAGAAAAAAACUGGGGAAAAGAAGAAGGGAGAUGCGAAAAAGCCGGAGAAGAAGGCGGAAGACAAGGUGAAAGAGGAAGAACAGCUAACCGUGACCAGAUCCAAGUCCAAGGAUGACACGACCAAGGGUAAACCAUCGAUUACCGAACCCAGAGACGUUCGAACACCAUUCGCGGAGACUGAGAAGAAGAUUCCCCCGAAGCAGCGCCGACCUACCGAAGAAGAGUUGAAAAAGCGCGGCAGAAAACGCAAGGAAAGCGAGCCGGAAAAGCCGAGGCCCAUGGAGGAAAUGCCCACCGAUCCCGCACCGUCGUACAAAGGGGUGGUUGACCUCGGAGAUCGUCUCAAGGUUUACUACGGGCCUAACCACGAGUCUAAAGUAACGUACGAGGCAAAAGUAAUCGAUAUAGAGAAAGAGGGUGCUGAGCCGGUUUACCUGGUCCACUACACCGGCUGGAACACGCGAUACGACGAGUGGAUAAAGGGCUCCAGGAUUGCGCAAAAUUUCACACAGACUCAAGGUCGCGUAAAGCGCGGCAAGACCACUCCUAGACCACAGACUCCAAGUACUGCGGGCUCCUCUGCGUCUAGUAAACUAGCCAAGUCGUCGGCCCAGAACAGGAGAAGGGCACACAGUGUCGCGCCUACCUCCGUAACUACUGCAAUACCAACUGCGUCGAUGAUGAAGGAGGUCGGAAAGCGGGACGAGAAGGAGAAGGACGGCCAUCCACCCCGAUCAAGCACACCGUCUUCGGUCGCAAGUUCAAGUUCCAGGACGAAGAGCCCUGCGACUCCAGCCGUAGGAAGGCAGACCAGAGUUACCAGGAACAACGACUCCUCGGGGCUUGAACCGCGGAGACGUACCAGACGCAUGUCUGGUCAUACAGACAUAUCAGUGGCAUCGGAGAGCGACAGCGAUGCCUACGAAUCAGACACGAUGGAGCCGGAGCAAACAAGGACAAGAUCCAGGGGAAUGGAGGAGCGGAAAAAAAACACGAGGCAACGCGGGGAUGAUGAGGUGAAAACCGAGGACUGCAGCGAAGCUGAGGAGGAGAAAGAUGCACCUGAGGAGCUCAGAAGGGGACGCAGGCUCAGGAGAACGCCGGGAAAGAAUCAGGCAGUGAAGUCAGAGCCUGAGAGCGACGAGGAUCAACCCAAGGGUCGGGACUUUGAUCUGAAUCAGAUCAGAUCGGAGCUGAAGGGCUUUGAAAAGGCUGUCAAACUCGACAUGAUUAGGGUUGAAAGGGAAACGGAAGAGGCAAAUCUUGAGGAGAAGGAAAGUGAGGACAAGCCUUUGGUCCCAAUGCCCGCAUCACCGAAGGCAGAGAAGAAACAGUUAGAGCCGCCCAAACUCGAAGCCGUUGUUGAAACCAAGACUGCCGAGAGCACAGAAGAUAUUUACGAGUUCAAAGAACCGGAACCUUUCGAAUUUGAAGUAAGAAACAAACGGGACUCGGGCGGUGAGAAGGACAAGGUUAAAAAACGCGUUUUCGACGAGGAGCCGAAGAGCCCGAAGAAAAAACAGAAGGUACUACCUCCGUUGCCGAAGGAAAUAAAACUCGAGGUUGAUGGCGAUCCAAAAAAGAGAGUUCGAAGAUCUUUAAUUAAGAGGGUGGAAGACGCGGAUGUUCUUCCUCUGUCCGGGAAGGCCAGAUCUCAGCUCGCCUGCGAAGAGGCAUUCGACAAGCUCUGCGAAUCUCCUUCUUUCAGCCCCUUGAAGCCUGUUCCAGUAACAGAGGAGGCUGGAAAAGUAACAACAACGCUCGACCUGCUCUUCAGCGACCUGCCCGGUGACGAGGACGGACCAGCCGACGACCCGGAGGACAGGCUAAUCAUAUCGGAGGCUGAGGAGGCCGAGCAAGAGAAUCUCUUCACUUAUCAACAAGAAAUUUUUCCAUCCAACGACAUUCCCGAUACCAUGGAGUUCAGUAAGGAGGAGGGCAAGGACCAAGAAAAGGCGUCCAAAGAGGAACCACUACCCGGUGGCAACAAGUCGAUGCUGGCAACUAGCGCAGAGAUCAAACAAUCCGCCAAUAAAAUUUCGCUGGCAGCUGUCGCGACUGCCGCUGCGACUAUUCCUGUCGAAACGAAAACUCUUGACAUCAAACCCUCUGAAAUUUCUCCCGCUCUGUCCCCUGCCCUCGUAGCCCCGGCUCCAAUCAGCACCAGACUCCCGGCUACGUCGACGAUAGAGGAAAAACUAUCAGCAGCAGCGAUGGCAUUCAAAAAUAAAACCAAGGAUGGCCGACGGGAGGACGAGGAGCAGAGGAAGGCGGCGAAGGAGUUGUCGAAGAAGUCGGAGACGUCUGUUAUCGUGAGAAAGGGUAAGGAUGAUCAGGUAUCGGUGAAAAUCGCGGACGUCGAUAACAGUGUUGGUAAGCGAGGCGAAGAUGGAAAAGAAGAGAAGACUGGAGAGGAGGCGAUGAGGGUUGCAAUCAAGCAGAAACAGGAGGAACUCCAGCAGUUGAAGAUGAAGAAGGAGGCCGAACUCAAACGCGCGGCGGAAGCCAAAGCCGCGGCUACUUCAGCUGAGCAAAAGAAACUUGCUCAAGAUAAGCUGGAGCAGGAACAGAAGAGGAAAGAGGAUGAGGUUUCAUCGUCGUCUAGGAAGGAGGAGGAGCGCAGAGAUCGUGAUCAGAAGGACAAGGAGAAGGACAAGCGGAAACGUGUCAUAAGCCAGGAAUUCAUCGACUCGACGGACAGCAGCGAUUCGGAGCAGCGUCUUAUCAUUGACAACGAGGAACCGCCAGAGGAGAAAAACGCCACCUCGAAUUUCGACAUCAAGCUACGAGCCGAGCUUGAGAAACUCCAGGACAUCCAGGAAGGAAGGAACGCUCAGAUUCAGCCUCCCAUCGAGGACCCUGCUGUUCUAGAGUGUAAACCUCUCAUUGUUAUACCGCUGCCCAAAACCGAAGAAGAGGCUGAAAACAUCAGCUCUCUUCUCUGUGAAGAGGAGAUUCCGGGCUCCCCGGCUCCCGUCAUCGACAGCGUCGAUCAGGCCAGUGCUUCUGCGGCCAAUCAACUACCCUCCCAGGUCAAAGUCUCAGAAAGCAACAUAGUUUUGUUGGAAAUGCCGUUCGCUAGCGCUCCUACUUCUGGCCAGACCUCUGCCAGUGUUGGUACUGUUUCUACGAUCAGCGUCGCGGUGUCCAAGAGUUCCGACGUUUCCGUACCUGUCUCGCUGCCCGUCCAACAGGCCCUCGUUAUUGGAGCUAGAGCUCAACCUCUUCCCCAACCUCUUCCUCAGCCACAACCACCAGCGGCUCCUGUGGCAGUCCAACGACGGGAGAGUAACGAGGCGGCUCCAGUGAUGGACAACACGCCGCCCACGACCCCGGAUUCGACUAUUUCAAACAUAUCGGGUUCACCGAGAGGUGAGGGAACAGGUGGAUCAUCGCCGCUGUCGGAGGACAAUACCAAAUCGAACAGGGAUAGCUCAGAGGCGGACAACGACGCAGCUGGCAAAUGUAUUAGCGGAGGUUUUAGCGAGGAUGAUACCUGCAUGAAUAACACCUCCGAAGGCGGUGGUCAGGAGAGAGAGGCAAAAAUAGCCGCCAAGAGAACUGCCGAAGAAACCCAAUCACCCAAGAAGCGGAAACGUAGCAGAAAACAUUCCGAAUGCGGUAGCAAUGUUGGAAAAAAAUCGUCAGGCACUAGACACUCGUCAAGGCAUUCCAUGCGGCAUUCCGCCGCUGGAAGCGACAGCGACGACACCAGCGAAAGCUCUAAUAUGAUAUGCGCUGGUAAUUCGAACGUCACCAAUCAUCCUAAUAUUGCAACAAGUGUUACAGAUCUCGUUACCUACUCAACCAGGUCGCCUAGACCUUUGAAAUAUAACUUUUACGUCGAGCUCGAUCCCGAGUUGGAUGGCAGCCAGCGUAUCGCUGUGCUGCAGCAAAAGCUUGCGGAAUUACGAAAGACUUACAACGCUGUUAAGGUAGAACUUGCCGGUAUAGAGAGAAGGAGAAAAAAACUGAGACGGAGAGAACGUGAAGCAUUGAAGGCAGCCAAAGCAGAGAUGCAACAAGCUUGCUCGUGAUGAGAAAACAAAAACGAGAGGGACAAAAAAGCAACAAUCGAGCAGAAUUUUAAAGCAAACUAACUACUUAAGCCGCCUGACGCGAGUGCAAAUAUGAAACAUUCAGUGUGAGUUGUAGUCAACGAUCAUUAUAUUAGAGUAGGAUAUGCGUUGGGAGGAAAAGAAGAAGAAGUAGAGAAAGGAGAAGAAAGAAGAGCAUCAUGUUUGUGAUUUGGGCACCUGCAAUUGUGGCAAAAAAAUCAUGACAAUUUUUAUCUCUAUCGUAUUAUACACACUUGUCUGUCUAUCUAUCGUUGGUAUAGGUAUUUUAACAUUUAAACGUUUAAUCAAAGUUGUAGAUAUAGCAUUUACGAUCUAGAUUUCAUUCUAAUAUUAAUUUUCAGAUAUGAUGCUUCGAUGGAUAAUUGCGUACGCGUCGUUAUAAGUUGUUGUGUUUUUUGUUUUAUUUUUAUUUAAAAAAAUUUUUUUUUUUUCAAAUUGUGUCUCAUUUGAAAUAUCAUUAUCAUUCUUUAUGGUAUGCAUGUUGAACUUUCGCGUUAUUUCUGACAUUUUUGUUAUCCAGGGAGUCCAAGAAUUACGUAUGUACACAAAAUUAUAGGGGCGAUAGAGGGGCGACCCCUCCUGAGUAAAUUAACCCAAAGAAGAUCUGAGAUCUGCGAAGCCGCGUUAACAUUCGCCGGUUAAAAAAUCUCGCUUAGAGCCGUCAUUCAGCCAACCGAGUCUGCAGCAUAGGUUUCGUAAAAGUCUUGUUGACAAACACACUCGAUUUGCAAAUUUCAAACAAAAAUACGACAUUGAAUUUUCACUAAACACGACGACGAGGACGUGCGAUAGAAAUGGAUAACGCUUUAAAAUUUAAGAAAUUCAAAUGAAAGUAUUUCCAAUAUUAAAAUUUAUUACAAAAACCAAUCGUUGCAAGACGAAUUUUUAACUGGUCGUAUCUGCCGAAUGCGCCUUCGGAGACCACAUGCUCUUCAUGCAUAAUUAAUUCAGUUCGAACCCCUCUGUCAUUGUGUGUAUAGUUAGUUCUGCGAUUCCCUAAGUAUAAGGGUAUUUAUUUUAAUUCUGGGCAGACUUCUAGAGUGCGUAGGCGCUGCCUAGGCAAGCAUUUUGAAGUAAGACACCCAUGGUCGGAAACUCAUCCUAACAGCUAUGGCAGGCUUUGAAGGAUUUGUUACCGUGCGCUUCUUAGUAGUCUAACGAAUCAGAUGUGAUCACUUUCGACCUAACGUUUUAUUCAGCCGUAGACAACAGUACAAAGUUUUUGUGUAAAGUCAACAAAACUGUAAGCAUAAAAAAAAAAAAAAAAACUACAAACAAUGAGAAAAAUAACAAAACAAUUUUUUGUAUUUUAUCCGGUUCAUUACAAUACGAACAAGGGCGUGGUACCAAAUUUUUCAAAGCUCUCCACUGUUGUUAGGAUGAAUUUCAAACUAUAACGGCGUCAUUACAUUACAUACCCUAGAAGUGUAUCCAGAGUUAACAUGAAUACCCUGUAUAUAUACAUACACAUAGGUGUAUGUAUAAAUGUGUAUAUUGUACACAUACGUGUAUAUAGAGUACAAAAAAUUGUUCAAUUAGCAACGACAUUAAGUAAUAUGAGUCUUCUGUCAACGAUAAAGGAAAAAAAAAAAAAAAAAUUCCAACUUUAUAAUUGGGAACAACAAAAUCUCCUGACCUAAAAUUAUCAUAGUAGAAUUGCUAUACUUAAUUAUAGAUGCGUGGGGAAAAUUUCAAUACGACAAAAUCGUUCGAUUUUGUACGAUUUUGUCUUUGGUUUUUUAUACCGUAGGAAUGAAGCAUCGAGAAGAAAAAAAAAACGGAAGAACCUGAAAACGCGUUGAAAGAUA